AUGGUCGACUUCAAGGUGAUGGAUGCCCAGAAAUGGGUCAACAAGACGUAUCAAGGCCAGCAAGGCUACAUCCGCAUAGCUGAAGACGGCAUCACUGGGUGGGACACCAUCCACGCUCUUAUCCGAGCGCUGCAAAUCGAGUUGGGCAUUUCUGGAGACGCUCUCUCCGAUAAUUUUGGCCCGCAAACCUUGGCCAAGUUGACUGCCAGAGGCGGUAUCCAUGUCGAAGAUGGAUGGGGCCUCAACCCUUUCUUCAUCGUCCAGUCAGCCUUGUUCUGCAAGGGGUACGAUGCCGGUGCGAUAGAUGGCCAGUGGGGGGAUCAGACGUCAGCCGCCGUUCGAAUCUUCUAUCGGGACGCAAAUGUGCCGCUCCCCGCCCAGAAGGUGCUGUCACCGAACUGGACCAUCAGGGCCGGAGAAUGGAUAGACGCGAAGAUGGUCAAGGCCUUGCUCACGAUGGACGCAUAUGUCAAAGCCGAUCUUGGAACAGACGGGAUCCGAGAAUGCCAACAAUGGUUGAACAAUCGCUACUAUGGUCGAGACGCCUUCACCAUCGUGCCUUGCGAUGGCAUCUUCAAUCGCACCGCCCAGAAAGCGCUGCUCUACGCGAUUCAGUUCGAGAUGGGCCUCAAAGACUCCGAAGCCACUGGUACCUUUGGACCCAAGACCCAAGCAGCGCUUCGCGCUAAGACCAUCGCGUCUCCAUCGGCAGGCCCUUUCGUCAGCAUUUUCUCCAUCGCCAUGGUCUUCAACCGAGUAUCGAUAACCCUGCCGCCCGUGGAGACCUUCUACGUAGGAGUGACGGACAGGUGGUCGGGGAACCUGUCGGACGCCGUGAGGGCAUUCCAGAGUUCCUCCGAGCUUGCACCCACUGGAGUCGGUGAUUUCGCUACCUGGGCACAGCUGCUCGUUUCCACGGGCGAUCCCAACAGACCAGUCAUAGGCUGCGACACCACCGGCACCAAUUCCGCUACCGGUGCCACUCUUGAUGACAAGGUAGCCAAGUCGCUCGCAGCCGGAGGCUUCUCGAAGAUAGGUCGCUACCUGCAGGACUACCCGGGGGGGAAGAAGAAAGAGCUGAAACCGGCAGAAAUCCUGGUCCUGCUCCAGAACGGCUUCACCAUCUUCCCGAUCUGGCAGAUGUCGGGCAAUAGCGCGGCGUCCUUCAGCUACGACAUUGGGAAGGAGCACGGUGCAGCCGCACACGCGGCGGCCGCUCGUCUGCUCUUCCCGAAGGGGACCACAAUCUAUUUCGCGGUUGACUAUGAUGCGGACCAGAACGACAUCACCCGUGCCAUCAUUCCUUACUUUCGGGGGGUCAUCUUGGGUCUUGCCUUAGAGGGCGACUGGUACAGUCACGGUGUCUACGGCACGCGAAACGUGUGCAUCGACGUGUCUCGCAAAACGUUCGCUCGAUGGAGCUAUGUCUCAGGCAUGUCCACCGGCUAUUCUGGCAAUCUUGGCUUCCCCAUACCCUCGAACUGGUCUUUGAAUCAGAUCCAGGAGAUCAAAGCGCCGGGCCUGGCACUAAUCGACAUCGACAGAGUAGCCUACAAGUCCAAUUCGGAUCCAGGCGUUCGUGUUAUGAGAACCAAGACGCUUUCUGCAUCAGAAUUCAUCAGCUAUAUCGGUAAACUGUACGAGCUGGCCAAGGCUGCUUCACUCCUGAAAGUUUAUAGCCUGUCCGUGCUCGAUUUUCUCAGACAGCGGAAGUAUAGCGACUACAGAUUCGUUUUCGUAGUCAAGGGUGAUCUUCUGGAUCAUUCCUUCCUGCGGAGAGCAAACGAUGAGUUCGAGCCUGGUGUCUUCUUCAUCGAUCCUCUACCGGCGCAGACUAUUUUACACAGUGACCACCUCGGGUACACGGUAUACGGAGUGUUCAAACACCCAUUUCCGCCGAUCGUGGAGGAUCCUGCCAACGCCAAAGUAGACGUUAGUCAAGGAGAUGUGGCGGGUUGGUUAGGGGACUGGAUCCAGCUGUACGGUGCUUGGCGCAAACAGUAUCGAGUGGCAUUUCCGGAUACACGACCAAGGCUAUUCUGUGCCAGGUAUCUUGCAACGGGCAACAGAUCGCCCAUGGAUCUUAGGAAUUUCAUCGAAGAUGUUGAUGGCUUCCACGUUGGCAACAAGCUGAGGAAAGAGGGAGUGAACUUCAACCUCGCCAUUGAGAUCGCAGCGUACUAUGGCAGCAGUGCUGCACCAUCUACUCGAUUUACCAGGUUCUACAAAGAACGCUUCAACGGGAACAUAAACCACGCGAUUAUUGCAGCUAGAAAUGGUCUUACGCCUAGCCCCAUCAGCAGCCCGGUCAUUCGCGCUGGCAUCUUCAUGAUACUCACCUCUUAUUACGACGAGGUGGAAUAUGAGGGAGAGUCUUUCAUGCCAUGGAAUUGUUCGCCUGACCUUUUGGAUGAGCUCUGCCAAGCCUUUGGAGACUGCAUGGUACGCCUAGUGAACGAGGAGAAGUCCAGAAACUGA